UAUAAAUAGAUCCAGAGGCAGAUCACCACGCAGAUUUCCUGACUACGCAAAGGAAAAGAAUCAGACGAAACGGUAAAAAUGUCUUCCAAGAUUAUGUUAAAGCCGAAGGGGAAGGUCACCAAGAAGGUGGCGGCGGCCGCGGAAGAUGACGACGGAGGAGCGGUGGCGGCGGUGUCCAAGUUCGUGAAGGAGUGGGGGACGUGGACGGCGAAGAAGGCCAAAGUAAUAACUCACUAUGGCUUCAUCCCCUUGAUCAUCGUCAUUGGCAUGAACUCCGAGCCCAAGCCCUCUCUCUCUCAGCUCCUCUCUCCAGUCUGAGAAAGGAAAAUUCCAAACCAAUCGAUUUUGCUCGUCACCGCCCAGAUCGUAUGAAUCUUGGUUUAUCAGUCGAUUUCACAGUUAUCACUAGCUAAUUUGAGUACUGAUAGUUUUUUAUUUUUGUCUAUUUUUCAUUGUGAUUCUCGGAUAGACUAUGAUAUUUUGUCAACCUGUUAACGGCAUCGUUAUAUUGGCUAUCGUUCAGAACAUGAUUUUUAAUAAUUAGGGUUGUUUUUUAUUUGCAUUAUUUCUA